ACCGCCGGCCAUGGCAGGGCGGAGGUGGCUCCUCUGGCCGGGAGGGCUCACGGUGGAGGAAUUCAAGGAGUGGCUGAAGCAGUUCGACGUGGACGGCGACGGCCGGAUCAGCAGGGCCGAGCUCCGCAAGGCCAUCCGCAGCCGGGGGGUCUGGUUCGCCACCCUCAGGGCCGGCCGAGCCAUCCGUCACGCCGACAGGGACAAGAGCGGCUACGUCGAAGACGCCGAGAUUGAGAAUCUCGUCGCAUUCGCGCAGAAAGACCUCGGCAUGAAGAUCUCUGCCUGGUAGCAAAACCAGUGGGCACUAUAGUAAAGUACCACCUUUGGUCGUGUGCUAUAGUUUCAACUUUGACAUGGCGAAUUCUCCUGAAUAACGUGUGUAAGAUCAGGAGAAUUAAUCAAG